AUGUUUCUCGAUGAACCUCUGCCAGCCCUGAUUAACGCUCUAGAGAAGAACCCCGGCAAUGCGCAGCUUGUAGAGCUUGUGGAUCAGGAACUCUCUCGGCGGAGCAAUCAUCUCCGCGAGCUGCAAAUGUGCCGCAACCAGCUCUGCUCUCCCAUAUACAAGCUUCCUGCCGAGCUCCUCUCCAUGAUCUUCCUUUACUAUGCAUAUGCUACACAGGGGCUGUAUACCAUGUCUUGGAAACAUCUUAUGUGCGUCUCCCGAAGAUGGAACUACGUCGGACGAACCACUCCCAAACUCUGGUCGUAUCAUUCGAUCGCCGAGUACCUGUUCAGCUUCCGCGGCUUUCGUCAACUCGAACUUCAGCGGAAGUACACCGGAAACGCGCCUAUGAACGUGAAACUACGUCUAUCGAGCUCUGACCGCACUCAUUUCUUGGAGAAGUACAAGCCUUUCUACUGGCGACCUGAGACGCUGCGCUCACUCGAACUCAUUGGCUCUCCCGAACUACUCGAAGGCGUCUUGGUUGCCAUGGCGGAACACGACCAUCCUCUUCUUGAGAAGUUACUUAUCCAAUCUGAAGCCCUUUCGGACGAGCAAGACACCGGCGGUUCCACAUACGCACGCUUUGAGGUCCCCACGGAACUGUUAUGCAGGCCGCAAAUAUCACAGCAACUAAAGCACCUCGAAGUAUACCACUGCAGAAUGAGAUGGGCAUGCGUGCGGAACUUGCGCACUCUCCGAUGGGUUUUAGUUCGUCGUCAGCCUUUCGAACUGGCCGACUUAUUCAAACCGGAUACAAUACACGACGUCGCAGCUGCUCUCCUCCGCUGUCCCAAGCUGGGCGCUCUUGAGACGACUUUGCCGAACCCAGCAUCCCACAUGCUUCCCGAGAUCCCCUUGCCCGAUUUGUACGACGCCGAACUCAUCGGGAGACACGAAUCCUGCACUCAGUUGCUGCUCGCGAUGAAGAUACCGGCAUCGGCGAAGCUGAGCGUACAUGCCUGGGAGCUAUACACCGCUCGAGAGAUAAGAUCUCUCGUUCUACGCAUGCGACUUCACUUCAGACGACCCGGCUCCGAAACAAUGCGCACCCUCGCCAUCGAAUCGUUCAGGCCUUAUCAGCUAGAUGAACCUGCGACACCACCGGCGUUGACGGUAUCGCUACAUCCGAGCGCAGAAGGUGGCUCUGGAUAUGCCUACGGCAAUCGAAGCGAGGAGACGAACUUGCAGUUAUCGACAUACCCUAUCUCUUUCGCGGAGAUCCGGAGGAUGCUCGUAAAGCUCAUACACGCGCUCCCAGUUGAUCAUAUCACCCAUGUUGACGCCCGCAGCGUCAUGACCUUCACCCAUCGCACGUGGAAGAUGAUCAUCCUCAACCUCCCCGCUCUCACGACCGUAUCCGUGCGCCCGAGCAUGUCACUCGAGCCACUCCUAAGCGCACUCCACUACUUCUUGCACACGAAGAAGCGCGCGCCGAUCCAGCGCAUCAUCAUCGACAACGGGUAUCUCACUGAUAGUCUGAGCCGUAACGAGGACGAGGAAGCACGAGAGCGGCUGGAAGUCCGCCGGCCUGAAGCGCGUAUGGUGUUCGGGUGGUUGGCGGACUACGUCACUGCAGCGAAAGAGGCUGGUAUGCCUAUCGCCGCGAUUGAUAUCAGGGACGGGUACAAGGAGAUCUUGGGCGAGAUCGAGGCGAAGGAUGUCUUCGAGCAUUUGACGGAGGGGUUGUACAUCGAGGAGGUGUUCAUGAGUAGGGAGGGAACGAAGAAGAUGAAGGAGAGGAGGCAGUAUAAGCAGUAUUCUCGGCGCAGAUGGUUCAACAACUCGGACUCUGAUUCAGAGUAG